CGACUAUCCAUUUUCUUCUCAAAAGCACCAUCAUUCAUCCAAUUUCUCUCAAUUUAAUCUUCCAAAAUCCCCAUUUUUCUUCCUAUAAUAACCAAAUUACCCCUCAAUUUCUCAUUUCUACACAAAUCUCCUCCUUUUUCUCUCUUUAUUGAUGUAAUUUUCACUCAAAACCAUUAACAACUGCCCCCAUUUUUUUUUUUCAAUUUUAGGGUUUUGAUUCUUUAGCUGUAAUCAGUUCAGUUUCAGUAAGAAUCUUGAAGAAGAUCAAUUUUAGACCCCCCACCCCCAAAGUUUUCAUUUUGAUCAAUUUUAGGUUUUAAGUUUUUAGCUGAAAUUUAGUUUGGUUGAUUAAGAAUCUUGAAAUUGAAGAUUGUGUAUGAUUUUUGUACAAUUUGAUGUUCAUUUUAGACCCCCCAAAGUUUUCGUUUUGAUCGAUUAAAGGCUUAAUCUUUUAGCUGAAAUUAAGUUUAGUUGAGUAGGAACCUUGGAAAUGAAGCUUGUGUAUGAUUUUUGUACAGCUUAUUGUUCAUUUUAGACCUCUAAGAUUUCAUUUUGAUCAAAUUUUGUGUUCAAUUAUUAGCUGGAUUUUUCGUCUAGCACGCGAUAGAUUUGUGUGGUUUAUGUGUAGUUCACUGGUCAUUGAUCAAUUUAGGAUUUUAAGUCUUUAGCUGCAAUGAGUUUGGAUGGUUAGGAUAAAAUGAAGACCGUGUUCGUCUAGAUUGUGAUAGAUUUGUGUGGAGCUUUGUUUAUUGUAGAAACCCCUAAGUUUUCGUUUUGAUCAUUUUGGGUGUAAUCUUGAGGUUUGAUUAAUUUGAGUGGAUUGGGAUUGGGAGUAGUGGAAAUGAAGAUAGUGGAAUUGGAUGAUUCGUUGAUAGAAGGUGAUGGUAAGUGUGUGAACACUGAGAGACGGGUAAUUGUGGGAGUUGAUGCUAAGAGAGCAUUGGUUGGAGCUGGGGCUCGGAUUCUCUUCUAUCCGACCCUUUUGUACAAUGUUUUUCGCAACAAAAUUCAGUCGGAGUUCAGAUGGUGGGAUCAAAUUGAUCAGUUUCUCCUCCUUGGAGCAGUUCCAUUUCCCUCGGAUGUCCCUCGGUUGAAGCAGCUCGGCGUUGGUGGUGUAAUAACAUUGAAUGAACCUUAUGAAACUUUGGUACCAUCAUCAUUGUACCAUGCCCAUGGGAUAGACCAUCUAGUUAUUCCAACCAGAGAUUAUCUUUUUGCACCCUCUUUCGUGGAUAUAAACCGAGCAGUAGAUUUUAUUCACAGGAAUGCAUCCAGUGACCUGACUACUUAUGUACACUGCAAAGCCGGAAGGGGUAGGAGCACCACCGUUGUGCUUUGCUAUUUGGUCGAAUAUAAGCACAUGACUCCUGCUGCCGCUUUGGAAUUUGUCCGCUCCAGAAGACCCCGAGUACUAUUGGCUCCUUCUCAGUGGAAGGCUGUUCAAGAAUUCAAGCAACAGCGAGCGGCAUCAUCUCCACUCUCUAGUGAUGCCGUGUUGAUAACUAAAGCAGAUCUUGAAGGGUAUCAUUCUUCUUCUGACGAUAGUCGUGGUAAGGAGCUAGCCCUUGUGCCUAGAAUCGCAAGAACACAGCCAAUGAUAGCUCGAUUAUCCUGCCUCUUUGCGUCGCUGAAAGUAUCAGGCGUCUAUGGACCUGUUACCAGGCAACUGACCGACGCACGGGCCUGCUAACUGCUUACUCAUCAGCCCCUUCCUUGUACAGAAGAACACUGCUUAAAUAAGUUCAGAAGAGCUCUGUAUCUUUAAAUAUGUGGUCCAACAGUUUAACAUCAAUGGAUUAUGGAAAGAUUAUAAAAAAAACAGGUUGAAGAGUCUUUCAACUUUGCACAAACGUGCAGAAUGUAUGACUUUUGGUUUCAUAUGUAAAUAUUUGGGUCAUUAUUA